UACUCGACGGGAGGUAUCGCAGUUUCCCCACCGUUUUUACAUUUUCGGCCGGAAGCGAGGACGAAAUUCAUUUCCUCCAAUCAGGGAUUUAAAAAUGAGCGACUCAGAAAUCACAAACACAGCUUCCGCACCGGAGCAAGGCUCCACGGAGGCUCGGUCGCAGGGCAAUCAAGACCAAGCUGCCGCCAAGCCCGACAGACCUGGCGGAAUCUCAUUCAGCAUAUGGCCUCCCACCCAGCGUACCCGUGAUGCUGUCGUCAAUCGCUUAAUCGAAACCCUCUCUACGCCCUCCGUCCUCUCCAAGCGCUACGGCACUAUGCUUCCUGACGAGGCCUCUUCCGUCGCCCGCCAGAUCGAGGAAGAGGCUUUCACCGCCGCUGGUGGUUCUGCCUCCGCUGAGGACGACGGCAUCGAGAUCCUCCAAGUCUAUUCCAAGGAGAUCAGCAAGCGGAUGCUCGACACUGUCAAGGCCAGAUCCACUUCUGCCUCUCAGCCGGCCUCUUCCGAAGUUCCUCCUUCGCCGGCAACCGAAGCGACCUCCGGGGCUGAGUCUCAUUCUUGAAUGGCCAUGAUAAUAUAUUAGUGUGUCUGGUAAUGGUAUGUUAGGGUACCCUCAACGAGGGAUUAUAUCUCAUGCCUAGAUCUACCAGUAGAUGUUUCUUAUUUUAAAAUAUGCUAGUCGCGAUCAUAUAUUAUCCCUUGAACAUCCUGUGUUUUUUCUGGGAUUUGUUUCCAUUGUGUACCAAGUAACUUUUAUAUAUUCUAUCCGCCUCACAUCACGGUUUGCCGAUCCAGUUUUCUUUGCUCCGUUUCCCAGGGCACUUCAUUUUCUUACAACAGCAACAAAAACCUUAUCCCACUAAGGUGGAUUUUCUUAAGCUUAUUUAUUUUUACAGUUGAUUUGUCCCCAUCCAUUCAUUUGAAAAGCGAGGAAUUAGGGAAAUUGGCGAUGGUCAUGGCGUUACUAUGGGUUGUUGAUGUAUGUAAAUUGUUUCUAACAUUCGAAUUUCAUUCUGUUUAUUCUUAAGGAAUCCUAAGCCUCUUUUGCUUGGAGAAA